GUCUGGUCUGAGUUCGCUGAAGAAGAAGUGGCUAGCUGACACUGACAGCAGCAGCUAACGUUAGCACGUAGCAACUCUUUCAUUCGUAUGACUGCAAACAUGCAGGAAUGGGCCAACCAACUAUGCGAGAACCGACAAUUUGGAUCCAAGAUGACAGACUCAAAAUACUUCACCACCACCAAAAAAGGUGAAAUCUUUGAGCUUAAGGCUGAGCUGAACAGUGAUAAAAAAGAGAAAAAGAAGGAGGCAGUGAAGAAAGUGAUUGCAUCUAUGACUGUUGGCAAGGAUGUCAGUGCCCUCUUUCCAGAUGUUGUGAACUGCAUGCAGACGGACAACCUGGAACUGAAAAAGCUGGUCUACCUCUAUCUGAUGAACUAUGCCAAGAGUCAACCAGACAUGGCCAUCAUGGCUGUGAACACCUUUGUUAAGGACUGUGAAGACCCAAAUCCUCUAAUCCGGGCCCUGGCUGUUCGCACCAUGGGCUGCAUCCGUGUGGACAAGAUCACGGAGUACCUGUGCGAGCCUCUGCGGAAGUGUUUAAAGGACGAAGACCCCUAUGUGAGGAAGACCGCAGCCGUGUGUGUUGCCAAACUCCAUGAUAUCAAUGCACAACUGGUGGAGGAUCAAGGCUUCCUGGACACUCUCAAAGACCUCAUUUCUGACUCGAACCCCAUGGUGGUUGCAAACGCUGUGGCAGCGCUGUCGGAGAUUGCAGAGUCUCAUCCCAGCAGCAAUCUUCUGGACUUGAACCCUCAGACCAUCAACAAGCUACUGACAGCUCUUAAUGAAUGUACAGAGUGGGGACAGAUCUUCAUCCUCGACUGCCUGGCCAAUUACACACCUCGAGAUGACCGUGAGUCUCAAAGCAUCUGUGAGCGCGUCACCCCACGGCUCUCCCACGCAAACUCUGCCGUGGUGUUGUCGGCUGUAAAAGUUCUCAUGAAGUUCAUGGAGAUGUUGCCGAAAGACCUGGACUACUAUGGAACCCUACUGAAGAAACUGGCCCCUCCACUGGUCACUCUCCUCUCUGCUGAGCCUGAGUUGCAAUAUGUAGCACUGAGAAACAUCAACCUCAUUGUGCAAAGACGACCGGAGAUCCUAAAACAUGAGAUGAAGGUUUUCUUCGUGAAGUACAAUGACCCGAUUUAUGUCAAACUGGAGAAACUGGACAUCAUGAUCCGCUUGGCAUCUCAAGCUAACAUCGCCCAGGUGCUGGCUGAGUUGAAGGAAUAUGCCACUGAGGUGGAUGUGGACUUUGUCCGUAAAGCUGUCCGGGCCAUCGGACGCUGUGCCAUUAAAGUAGAGCAAUCUGCAGAGCGCUGUGUCAGCACACUGCUUGACCUCAUCCAGACAAAGGUCAACUAUGUUGUGCAGGAGGCCAUUGUGGUCAUCAAGGACAUCUUUCGCAAGUACCCCAACAAGUACGAGAGUGUGAUUGCCACUUUGUGUGAAAAUCUGGACUCGCUAGAUGAGCCGGAGGCACGUGCAGCCAUGAUUUGGAUUGUGGGGGAGUAUGCUGAGCGCAUCGACAAUGCUGAUGAACUAUUAGAGAGCUUUUUGGAGGGUUUCCAUGAUGAAAGCACUCAGGUGCAGUUGCAACUUUUAACAGCCAUUGUUAAGUUGUUCCUCAAGAAGCCGACAGAGACCCAAGAGCUGGUGCAGCAGGUCCUCAGUUUGGCAACUCAGGACUCUGAUAAUCCAGACCUUAGGGAUCGUGGCUACAUCUACUGGCGUCUGCUCUCUACCGACCCAGUGGCUGCUAAGGAGGUUGUUCUGGCCGAGAAGCCUCUGAUCUCCGAGGAGACCGACUUGAUUGAACCCACACUGCUAGAGGAGCUCAUAUGCCACAUUGGUACUCUGGCCUCCGUCUAUCACAAGCCGCCCAGCGCCUUUGUGGAGGGCAGCCGUGGUGUUCAGCACAAGAGACUCCCCGGCAGUGCUGGAUCCGGGGAAAGUGUCGAGAGCCCAGAAUCAGGUUCUACUGCUGUCGCUUCUGGGGUGCCCCCUGCCGUCAUCCCAUCCCAAGAUCUUCUGGGGGAUCUGCUCAAUCUUGACCUCACACCUACAACCACAACUGGACCACCAGCUCCCUCCUCCGCUGUGCAGAUGGGGGCUAUGGACCUUCUUGGGGGAGGCCUGGAUAGCCUGAUGGGGGAUGAGUCUGAGCCGCCGCCCGUUCCCCUGCGGACGGACACUCAUCAGUCACCGCAGCCCCCGCAUCACUCCCCAUCGCCCCCAGAUUACAGCCCCACUGAGCUCGGUGGAGACCUUGGAGGAAGUCCUGCUAUGACAGCUGGCUUCGGUGCGCCGGCCGCUGCCGUACCGCCUUCUUUCACCGCCCCUGUAAGCGGUGGUCUGGACGACCUGUUUGACCUUGGCGGUGGAGUUGGUAUGCCAAUGGGAGCUUAUGUACCUCCCAAAAUGCUCUGGCUGCCCGCUAUGAAGGCUAAGGGUCUGGAGAUUUCAGGCACAUUUGGUCGUCGAGCUGGGGUCGUUCAAAUGGAGAUGACUCUCACAAAUAAAGCAAUGAGUGUCAUGACGGAUUUUGCCAUACAGUUCAACAGAAACAGUUUUGGUUUGGCUCCUGCCGGUCCUCUCCAGGUUCUUACUCCAGUUAGCCCCAACCAGAGUAUAGAAGCAGUCCUUCCCCUCAGUACUGUGGGACCUGUCAUGAAGAUGGAGCCUCUCAAUAACCUGCAGGUGGCCGUUAAGAACAACAUUGACGUCUUCUACUUCAGCUGCCAGUACCCCAUCAGCAUGCUCUUCGUAGAGGACGGGAAGAUGGAGCGACAGGUGUUCCUUGCCACGUGGAAAGACAUUCCGAAUGAAAAUGAGUCCAAGUUCCAGCUCAACGACUGCCAUCUUAACUCAGAUGCGGCCUCGGGCAAACUGCAGGGCAGCAACAUCUUCACCAUAGCUAAGCGAACUGUGGAGGGUCAGGAUAUGCUGUACCAGUCCAUGAAACUCACCAAUGGAAUUUGGGUGCUUGCCGAGCUCAGGGCCCAGGCAGGAAACCCCAACUACACAGUCUCUCUGAGAUGCAGAGCCCCCGAGGUUUCCCAGUGUGUGUUCCAGAGCUACGAGGCGGUGCUGAAGAACUGAGAGAGAAAAAUCCCCAAUAAACAUUGACCGCCCGGACGCCGCUGUCUGCUUCUCCUGCCCGUGGACCACGUCACACUGUCAUGCGGUGCAGGACACACUGGUUGUUGCAAACUGUCUGUCAACCAGCACUUUAUUUUUUCCUUUCAUCAUUUAUUGCUCAAUUUUAUAAUUAUUUUCGACCUAAUUUAGUUUGUAUGAGUCAUUAGCUCUCUCAAAAUGACCCAAAUCACCCAAAUGUGCAAGUCCAGCUCUCAGCCCUACCUGAACCGCCUGUCAUCAUCUUUAGAGGAGAGACCCAAUAGUAUGCUGCCUUGGUUCGUCUCCGCAUUCACAUCCACUCUUGAUUUAUUUAGUUUGCCAUGUACUGAAAUGUCCCCCCGUCCCCCACCCCACCCCACCCCAGCCACCCUCCAAAUACGUUUGAACGUGUGUGUGAGCUGCAGGGAGGCUGUCUUGGCUUCAUUAUUGUGUUUGCUCGUUUCUGUCAUUUUGACACCGAUAACUGGACUUAAAGACUCAAACAUCCCUCUGCGCCCUAUCGUAGUCGUUACAUUCUUUAAUUUUCUGUUGGUGGAUGUGUCUCUCUGUGUGUCUGUGCGUGUUUGCAUCAGGGCAACACAAUGUGGCCAUCUGACAGGAAGGCUGAAGAGGACUGUGUAAAUGAUGAAGCAGCAGUUUGUAACACUGAAGUAAUCAGUGUGCAUGUUGUUAUGACUGGCUAGGACGGCGUUGUGUCUUGCCCUCGUACUCUGAAGAUUAAUUGGAUUCUUUUUUUUUUUUUUUUUUUUUUUUAAAUAUAAAUAUAAAUAUAAAAUAUCAGUCACUGCACUGAUGCCCUUUUCAUCAGCUCUGCUGGGUGUAAGCAUCUGUCACCUUUUUAUUUCAUUGAUUCACAGGUGGCUGUGUGUUGCCAUUGCUUGUGUGUGUUGCCAGUGUUUGUUUGUGCUGGGAAAAAAAUAUAUAUAUAUUGAAUCAGGUUGUUUUUUUUUUUGUUUGUUUUUUGUUUUUUUGAGAUUGUUUGUCCUUUGUGUGUACAGCAUCUAAAAGAGAAAUAUUAAACUUCUUGAUCAAUUCUGCUG